GAUGGGAAGUGUAGUUUCAGUUGGCUUAGCCAACGUGUAGUCGCGCAUGUGCGAAUAAGAAUAAGGAGGAAAAAUGAUGCCGGGAAGGCUCCGGUAGUCGAGGAGGGGUCUAUAGCGUGGGGUUGACCGAGCUCCCAAAAUGACAGCUCCAGGUUCUGAGCAGCAGGGAUGAGGAGUCGCCGGCGGAUGUACUCCGCUGUCAUGCGUCUCUUCCUGAAAUGUUUGCGGAUAGGUCAGCGGCGCCGGUUCUGGCUGACCCAGCAAGUGGAACAACUGUGGCUAUACGGGCAUCUCUGCCUGCGCUCUCUGUUUUACAACUCUUUUGCUGAUGGCGACACAGCUCUUGAUGCCCUCUUUGAGCCUAUAUACUGGCUGGUAGAUCAUGUCACUCGUUGGUUUGGGGUGGUGUUUGUAGCUCUGGUGAUUACAUUGACCAGUUCUGUGGUGGGCAUAGUAUACAUUUGCCUCCUACCAAUAAUUAUCCAGACCUACCCCAUUGCCUGGAUCUUCUGGCACGUUAUCUAUGGUCAUUGGAACCUUGUCAUGAUUGUUUUCCAUUACUACAUGGCUAUCACUACUCAGCCUGGUUAUCCACCUCAGCACCCAAAGAACGAUCUUGCUGCUGUGUCAAUCUGCAAGAAAUGUAUUGCCCCCAAACCUGCCCGGACCCACCAUUGUAGCAUCUGCAACAGGUGUGUGUUGAAGAUGGACCAUCAUUGCCCAUGGCUUAACAACUGUGUGGGACACUACAAUCAUCGCUAUUUCUUCUCCUUCAUGCUUUUCAUGACCAUGGGCUGCAUCUACAGCAGUGUCAGUGGCUGGGACAUGUUCUGGGAAGCUUAUGCUGCCAUUGAGAAAAUGAAACUACUUGACAAGGAGAAACUGCACGUGACAGCCAAUCAGACUUACUCUCAGACACCACCACCCACCUUUUCCUUCCGCCAGCGAGCUUUUCACAAGAGCAUAGUGUAUGCCUGGGUCCUCUGCAGUUCAGUAGCCUUGGCGUUGGGUGCCCUCAUGCUCUGGCACUCAGCCCUCAUCACCCGUGGUGAGACCAGCAUCGAAAGACACAUCAAUCGCAAAGAAAAAAAGAGGCUACAAAAAAAGGGCAAGAUAUUUCGAAAUCCAUACAGCUUUGGUCCACUGGGCAACUGGAAGGUUUUCCUGGGUGUCGAAAAACAGAGACACUGGAUCACUCGAGUUGUACUACCUUCCACACAUCCCCCUUAUGGAUCUGGCUUGAAUUGGGAAACUCCUCCCUGUGUUGCUCAACAGAAGACGCCUCUUUUGGCAAUUUGAGUUGGAUGAAGAACAAAGUGUACCAGCCAAUGGAAGACUUGAAACCACAGGCUUCUUUCAUUGGGAAGCAUAACAGAAGACAUGGUCCCUAAAUUGGCAGGCUAAUAUCAGAGUGGCAUAUCUGCAAUGAACUGCUCAUCCCACAGGAGACCGGAAUACCUCCAGUUGCAGUCAGGGAUCUAUUGCCUGUAUCUGUUUUGUUUUGCACAUAGUCCAAUGGGGCUGGAGCAAAGUAUGGUCAGUUUUGAGAAGGGGCAAGUAGUUCUUUCCAUAACUCAAGGAAGUUAACUGGCAUAUUAGGUCUUGUUCCUCUUUCUGUAAGGACUGAGAUUUUUUUUAACAUAAAAAUAAAUAUAUAUAAACAAUCAUCUCCUCAUUAGUGGGAAAACAGGCAGUGAAAAGAUUUUAAUACAAACCGUUGAUUCAUAACUAACAAGACUAGACUAUUUUUUUUGUUUUUUAAAAAAUAGUAAUUCUUUAUUUUUAAUGCUGACUUCUGAUUCAAUAGUUAUUUGAAGCAGCAAGCAGCAUUGAUACUAAGCAACAUGUCCAUUACCAAUCUCUAUCCAGGCUAUAUUCAAAAAGUUUUUCCAGUCAGUGGGAUAAAUUAAUGUUUCUACAUUGAUUGGCAAUACUGUAGUUCUUGCCAAUUCAGCUGCAGCUCUAGAACAUGUAUGUUUCUAUAACACACUUAACAAGGUUAUUUAAAGAGACAGGAGUCUAGAGUUAUCUUUUUCCCAAUAGGCAGAAAUCUGUAUCGGAUCUGACCUAGUUAAACCUUCACCAAUAUAGUACACUAAUAAUCAGAACAUGGCACUAUUGGCUAGUAUCCCAACUCUUUUUAUAGUAAAAAUUACACAUCCCAGUUAGCCAUAAUGGCCUUGCAUUUCUCCAACUAUUUAUAAAGAAAGCACCAGAUAAGCAGUUAAUUCAGAGUAUUGAAACCAAAUAGUCAAGCAUUUAAGCCUGGAGCGCCACAAUUUAUUAAUUGAUCUAUGUUCAAUGAACCGAACAUCUAAAUAUUAUUUUAAGUAAAAAAAAAAAAA